AAUUGUGGGCACUGGGGCCUCAUUGUCCGUAAUGACAGGUCCGUCCGGCGGAGAGAAGCCAGAAGGAUCCAGGGCGGGACCGGGAAACAGCCAGUGGGAUCUGCCUUCUUGUGCAAGAACCAGGAUCGGAAUAAACAGCCAGGCGAAAAGUCCGACCACCUCCCGGCUCCGUCCUUGUUGUUGUCGCGCCUUGUUUUGUCUUGUUUUCCCUGGGAUUUACAGUCCGCCCCGGAAGGAACCAGCCAGCCGUAUUUGCAACCUUUGGGAGAAUUUCUUUCCAAGGAUCAGGAGAAGCCAAAGGAGAGACCAAAGGCAGUCUGAAGGGCGGGGCCAAAGGUGGGGUCAAGGGGGGCCCGGGCGGCAUGGCCUGCGACCCCUCGGAGCUGGAGUGGGCCAUCCAGACCCUGGUCAAGAACUACGAGCGCUACGCCAGCCGGGGCUGCUGCUGCUGCUGCAAGAGGAGGCAGGGCAUCACCAAGAAGAGCUUCCGCAAGAUGCUCAACCACGAGCUCAACCACAUGCUCACCGACACCAAGAACAAGCAGGCGGCGGACAAGCUGAUCUGCGACCUGGACGAGAACCAGGACGGGCGGAUCAGCUUCCACGAAUACUGGAACCUGAUUGGCGGGAUCGCCAGCCCCAUCGCCUGCCUGAUCCGCCAGCAAGAGGAGAGCAUCAAGUUCACCAAGUAGGAAGAGGUCCGGCCGCAGUUCCUCGGGCCGUUUCUGUGUCUUUCACGGCUAACCGUCCACCGUCACCAACGAUUUGCAUCUGAUUUCGCCUUGCUCCAGCUGUUGCCACUUUGCAAAUAUUGUAAUAAAGUUUGGAAUCUGAUGGCAAA